AGAUCUGCAGACACCCACAGCAGCGUCUUGAUUUCAUCUGAGCUGAAGUCUUUCAGAGUGAGACAGCUGCGACCCUUUAAACUCACUGAACCGAGGCACGAAGCUCCAAUGCUGAGAAAGUCACAAAGAGGUUAGCUGGCUUCUGCCCCUCCCUGACGUCUGGUUGAUCCACCGCUCAGUAGGUGAGCACUGACACACAGUGCACGUGAGGAGGUGUGAGGGGACAGCAGUGGAGAUGACGGGACAGGACGAUGUGGACAUACCCGAAACAGGAGCCAUCUUCACAUUUGGAAAGAGCAGUUUUGCUGAUAAUGUGCCUAGUAAGUUCUGGUUGAAGAAUGACCUGCCUGUACACCUGUCCUGUGGGGGAGAACACACUGCUGUCAUCACAGAAAAUGGCAGGCUGCUCAUGUUUGGUGGUAAUAUGUGGGGCCAACUGGGGCUUGGAUUGAAGCCUGCUGCCAGCAAACCUGUCUCUGUGAAAGCCUUAAAGUCUGAGAAGGUGAAGCUUGUAGCCUGUGGGAAAGAUCACACAAUCGUCUGCACAUGGCGGGGUAGUGUGUAUGUUGCGGGCAGUAACCAGGAGGGGCAGCUCGGUUUGGGCCACUGCAACAACACUACAUCCUUCCACCUGCUGCAACCUUUCUGUGACCACGCACCAAUCAAAAUGCUCUCUGCAGGAUGCAACACCUCAGCUGCUUUAACAGAGGACGGGAGGCUGUUCAUGUGGGGAGACAACGCCGUGGGCCAGAUCGGCUUAGGGGACAAAGGAUAUGCAGCAGAACCCAGAGAGGUGGAUGUUGGGGAAGCAGUGAUGUGGGUCUCCUGUGGGUACCACCACUCAGCGUUUGUCACAGUGGAUGGAGAUCUCUACAUGUUUGGUGAGAGUGCGAAUGGAAGGCUUGGUCUCCAGGUGGAGCAGCUGGCCAAUCACAGAGUCCCCCAGCGGGUGCAAGGGAUUCUGGGUCGUGUCACCCAGGUGUGCUGUGGAGGGGAGCACACUGUGGCACUCACAGAGGAAAACGUGUACACAUUUGGCAGAGGUCAGUACGGACAGCUGGGCCACGGGACAUUUCUGUUUGAAGUUGAUUUGCCAAAACCACUGGAGCACUUUUGUAACAGCAGCAUCAAACAUAUCGCCUGUGGAGAGAACCACACCGCUGUGAUCACAAACAGUGGGCUCCUCUACACAUUUGGUGAUGGUCGUCAUGGGAAACUGGGGCUGGGGGAGGAGAACUUCAUCAACCAGUUCAGCCCGACACUCUGCACACGUUUCCUCAAGUACAGCGUUCAAUUAGUAUCCUGUGGUGGAAACCACAUGCUGGUCCUGGCUGCACCCAGACCACCAGAGAGCCAUGAGGUGAUGCCAGAGAGGGGUGUCACAAUCGCAGAGGGCUUUUUGGAGCCAAGCUACAAGGAAAUUCUCCUGCUGGACACUUUGAUUGAUCCGAAUCCAAUAGUGCCACUCUCUGCCCUCUCUGCUCGAGCCCGGCACAGAGAAAAAGGAAGCUCUGUGGAGCUGUUUGGGGAGAUGUUUCAGAACCUCCCACGUCUGAAUUCUGGCUUCCUCAACGCCUCCUGGCAAACCUCCAGAAACAUCCCUACCCCUAAAACUCUUUCAAAGGACCGUACCACCCCUUCAUCAUCCCCAAAACCACAAUCAGAAGUAACACUAAGCCCUCCACUCUCCCCCAGAUCUCCGGUGUUAUCCUCUAAGCCAUCAAGCCCACAUUCUCAGUCAUCAAACACCUUUCAGUAUAAAUCCCCCACCGCUGCUGCUUCCCCUACGUCUAAAUCCAAAGAGCUGCCUUCUCCUUUACUCUCACCGAAGUCUAUAACUAAACAUACCACACCAGUAUCUCCCAAAAAGACUGCAAAGAAAAGACUGUACAGAGUGGCAACCGCUAAAAAGGCCUUAAAUGAAGAAUCUCCUCUUUCACCUAAAGAGCCCUGCAGCCCCACAAGACCCUCCAGUCAUACUUCCAGUAAACAUCUCAGUGAGGAAGAGCAUCCUGCCUCACCACAAACAGAGGGAGAAACUGUCCAAGUUGUUUUAGAAGAUGUGGAGGAGAAUAUCUCCGAGAAAGAAGUCGACUUUUUGCCAAAAAUGGCAAAGAAAAAAGGCCGAGCUCUGAGAAGAACUACUAAAGAGGCAGAGCUGUUGCAGUUCAAUGAGAGGGCAGAACAUAAUUCCUUCAAGGCCUCACCCACAGAGCUCCUGAAAGGCUCUUUAAAGAAAGAAGUGACUGCACUCAAGGGCUCACAGAGUCUGAAAAACACACCCAAAAAAGUCACAUCCAAAGGCAAAGAGAACAUCACCAAGCAGCCCAAUAAAAUCAAGACUCAUGAAGACGGGCAAGUUCAAAAUAAAUCACCAAAACUAUCAGCAUCGAGCCCCAAAACUCCACAGUCUGUGCGGAAGACUCUGACUGAAGCACAGCAGAGGCUGACUGAAGUGAAGAGAAAUGAGAGGAGAAAUAGAAAUGUGAGAGAAAAUAAUAUAAAUCAAAAGGAUAUGAAAGCCAGUAAUUUCAAGAAAAACUUGACACCAAAAAAGGAGGGAAAUAAAUCACCCUCUUUAGAGAGGACAUCUCCUGUUAUUAUGGUCACUACAGGAAGUGAAGCAACCUGCAUAUCUGUCCAAAGUGGAAGUUUGUCAUCCGUAGAAAAAGAUGCAGAAACUCAGAGUGAAACCAAUGAUGUCAAACCUGUUGAAGAGGAGACACAGCAAGUCAAAUCAACUCCAACAAAACAUUCACAUAAGGUUAAAUCUUCACCAGGGAAAGGUCAAAGUAUAGCAGUGAAUAUAAAAUCACCACCAGUGAAAAAGGAAACCACACCUGUCUACACACUUCAAGACAUCACUAAGAAAUCACCAAGUGUGAAAUCCACACCUGUGAGAGUUAAAGAGGUCAAAUCCACACCAGUCAAAAACCAAAGUAAAAGGGCAGAAAGUACUCCAGCUAAAAGUAAAGGCAAAGGGAAAGUUGUGGAAAAAGAAGUGAAAGCAGCUCAAAAAACCAAAAGUAGAACUGCAGAUAAGGAGAAGAUACCUGAAGGUCACGGCACUAAAGCAAAGGAUAAAAAGAAGGCAAAAACAAAACCAGCUGGAGAGGGAGGAGAUCAUAUCAGAGUUAAAGAAGAAGCUCAGGAUAACACGAGCGCCAAGCCAAACAGUGAGCAGACUGAAGCUUCCAGCCUGCUGUUAUCACAGCAGGAUACACCUAUUGAAGCGCUCUACAACCCCAUUUCCUCACAAAGCACUCAGAGAACAGAGACGGUUUCAGUCGCUGGUGCCAAAUCCCCACAAGGCCCGGCACCUGUUGAUAAGGAUCUGCUUGUUCCUGGAACACCCAGAGAGGAUCCUCCGAGUCUGACUGAAGGAAAGCCAAGGCUGGGGGAAAUCCUCGGCACGGCAGCUGCUCUUCUUCCUGUUGCUGGGAUAGCAGGUGCUGCUAUGGGGGUCCUCGGUGAGGCAGUGACAAGCGUAGGUAGUUUCCAGUCCGACAGUGACACCAUUUCUUCUACACCAUUUAAAGCACCUGGUCGAGGAAGGCAAUUCACAAAGCAGAGUGCGGUUAUGCAACCUUCUUUUUCCUCGACGUUGUCACAGGAGACGUCAAAUCCACCAGAAGACAGCACCAAGACAGAUGUUCAGGUCAACAAGGAUGUCACUGAAGACGAGGAAAGUGACGACACCACUCAGUCACAACUGGCGGAGGUGAAAAGUGAAGAGGCGAAGAACAAUGGCACAGACGUGGAAACUUCCCAGCAAGAACAUGAAGAAGAUGAGAAACCCAACAGGGAUCAUGAGGGAGAAGAAACAGAUACUGAAGAUGAGGAAAAGAAGGAAGAUGAAGAGGGGGAGAGUGGAAGUGAUGUAGAGGACAAAGAAGAAGAGGAAGAGGGGGGUGAAAGCAGCGAGGAGGAAAUGAGUGUUUCUGGAGAGGGUGAGGAAGAGCAAGAUAAUGAAACUGCAGAGGAAGAUGGUGAGGAGGAAACUGGCUCAAGCAGUGAGGAAGAGGAUGAAGGAAGCAAGAAGAGCGAUGUCAUAGAUGCUGAAGAGGAGGAGGAAGCAAGUAUAGAGGAAGAGGGUGGAGGAGGGAGUGAGUCUGAGGUAAGUGAGGCAGCAGAGGAGGAGGAGGAGGGAAGUGAAGGGGCCAGUGAAGGAGAGAAUAAAGAGGAAGAGGAAGAAAGUGAGGUGAGUGAGGAUGAAGAAGAUGAAAGUGGGGAAGAGUCUGGGAGCAGCAAGAUCAAAGAGUCAGAGGAGGAGGAGGAUGGAGAGGGAAAUGACUCUGAUGAAGACGACAAUGAAGAAGAAGAAGAAAAUGAGGUUGACGCAGAGGAAGAGGGUGAAACUGAGGAACAAAAAGAUUCCUCCGAAAGCGAGGAUGAGGAAAAACACUCGGAGGAAGAUGAAGAGAGUGAAGGGGAGGAAGAGGACAAACAGGAUGAAGAGAGUGUUGAAAAUGAGAAGGAGGAAGAUGACAGUGAGGCCGAAGAAGACGAGGGUGAACAGGAUGAAAAGAGCGACAAAGAAAAUGAGGAGGAGGAGGAGGAGGAGGAGGGUGAGGAGGAAGCGUCCUCAGAUGAGGGGAAAGCAGAGGACGAGACUGCGGAGGAGGAAGAGGAGGAUGAGGAGGUAGAAAAAGAAGAAGAUGAGAAGGAGGUUACAGAGGAGGAAGAAGAGGAUGAGGGGGACGAAGAUGAGGAUAAAAGGGAGGUUACAGAGGAUGAAGAAGAGGAUGAGGAGGUAGAAGAAGAGGACCAAAAGGAGGCUACAGAGGAUGAAGAUGAGGAUGAGGAAGAAGAGGAUAAGAAGGAGGAUACAGAGGAGGAAGAAGAAGAGGGUGAGGAAGAGGAGAAUAAAGAGGAGGAAGAAGAGGUAGCAGGGGAAGAAGAAGAGAGUAAGGAGGUUACAGAGGAGGAGGAAGAAGAAGAGGGUGAGGAAGCAGAGGAGGAAGAAGAGAGUAAGCAGGUUACAGAGGAAGAGGAAGAAGAAGAGGGGGAGGAAGAGGAAGAAGAGAGUAAGGAGGUUACAGAAGAGGAAGAGGAGAAUACUGAGGGGGUAACAGAGGAAGAAGAAGAAGAGGAAGAGAGUGAAGGUGAAGAGGAAGAAAAAAUGAAAAGAAAAGAGAAAAUGAAAGCUAAUAAAGAGGUGACAGUAGAGAGUGAUGAGGAGGAGGAGGAAGAAGGUGAAGAAGAGGAGGAAGAGGGAGAUGAGGAAGAGGAGAAUGAAACAAAGACUAAACCAAAAACAGAUACAAGACUCUAUAAUCAACGAGAAAAAACAAAACAGGGACGAACUGAAGAAAAGAAAGGUGGUGCUUCUGAGGAAAAUGAAGAUGAGGGUGAGGAAGAGGAGGAGGAGGAGGAGGAGGAAAAAGGACAGGUGUCAAAUGUUAAACAGAAGGAGAAGGAGAAAGAAGGAAAGGAAAAAGUGGAAGAGGAGGAAGGAGAUGAGGAGGAGGAGGAGGAGGAAGAUGAGGAGGAGGAAGAAGAGGAGGAAAAGGUCAAAUCCUCAAAAACAAAAACCAUACAGAAGUUGCCUGCCGACAGAAAAGACAAGCAACAGAAAGAAAUGCCAAAACCAGCGCCGAGGAUGAAGCAGAGCGCUGCAGAGAAGAAACCAGACGAUCCUCAGCAGUUCUGGGACAAUGUUCUGCCUCAGUACCUCGACCUGCAGUGAUGUCAUCGAAUAGGACACACACUCAGCACCUCAGGAGUUAAUGUGUCAGCUGUCAGUGUGUGUGACAUUUUGUUACUGUCAACAAAAUCCCAUUAAAGAACCAAACCA